UUUUUUUCUUGAUGUGCAGAAAAUUAUUUUUUUCAAGCCUAAAUAUGCAACUCAAUUGAAAAAAACCAACCCUCCAUAUUUGAGCUUUCUGAAAUGUGAACAGUGGGCAAACAUCCUAGUUCCACAUUGUAGGGAAAAUAUAAUCUAAGGGGUAAAGAAUCCAAGCUUAUACUUGGGACUCUGAACCAUUAAGCAACUGUUGAAGUGGCCCUUUACUGGAUCUUGCCCUUAAUUAUGAAGCUCAUGCAGUCUUAGGCUUGGGUUUCAAAAAUCAUUAAUAAUUACCCUUAAAUGGCAAACAAAAGGAAAAUUUCAUAAUCAGGGUGGUGUAUCUGUAAAGACUAUAAAAGUCGCAGGAUCCUGCUCAGCUUCUCACACCCCUAUUUGAUUCUUCCAGCUGCCUCACUGCUGGACAACCAGGUAAGCGUGAUUUUAGUACUACCUGUAGCUGCUUCUGCUUCCUUUCAGAAUGGUGUGAAAGAUCACGGUCUAGAGAAAAAGUGGGUUUGUGCCAUCUAAAGAUAUUACCAGUAACUUAAGAGGCUAGAAGCUGAAGAUCACAGCCUACAGAGUACAGAGCAGGUACCUAAAAAGUGAAAAAUGUCAUAAUUACUGGUAAAAGUAUUUGGCUCCAAAGACUAUCUUCUAACAGAUGUACUCUAAAAACAGACAUUUAACAACCUAUCUAAGAUGAUUAUUUUUAAAACACGUUUUCAGUCACUGGUACGUUGUGAUUCCCCCAGUUCCCGCCCCCUCUCUCCUCCUCCUCCUCCUCUUUAUCUUCACCUCUCCCCUUUUCUUUAUUCUCUCUCACCUAUGCCAAGGAAACAGCCCAAAAGCACUCAACUCCUGCUGGCAAUCAUCAGUAUAAAAUACUUCAGCUUUUUGGUAAGGUCAUUUCUUUCCCAAUUUACAGGACACCAAAAUGAGCACAAACAAGUUUCCUGAAGAACUGAAGAGCAUUUUUGAAAAAUACGCAGCCAAAGAAGGUGAUCCAAACCAGCUGUCGAAGGAGGAGCUGAAGCUAUUGAUUCAGACUGAAUUCCCCAGUUUACUGAAAGGUCCAAGCACCCUAGAUGACCUCUUUCAAGAAGUGGACAAGAAUGGAGAUGGAGAAGUUAGUUUCGAAGAAUUCCAGGGGUUAGUAAAAAACAUAUCCCAGUGAAGGAAAAAACAAAACAUCAUUCUAAGAACCGGAAGAAGAGUGCCUGGGAUGUGGCCCUAUUCUGUACGAAACCACCAUUGUCUCCACUUAAUUCUUUGCAAUUGUAAUGAUCAAGUAGUGAGGUCUAAUUACUAAAUAAAGAAAUCCUUAGACAUG